AACCAAAAGUUCCCCACGGGCGUCUCUGGUUGGGCAGCAGCACGCGCUCUGCGUGGCCUUGAACUCCUUUACUCUCACAAACGCUUUUGUCCGUUUACUGGCUCCGCCAACUACACAAAAAAACUGUUUUUGGAAGCUUUAUAUCAAAUGGAUCGGUAUAGCAGGCCAUAUAGACGGUCGAGCAAAGGCAACCUAAACGUGGAAAGGAAAAUCUGCUGGCAGUUCAUCAAUGGAUGUUGCCGCUAUGGUCAGAGCUGUUACUAUCUGCAUGAGUUUCCAGCAGUACCACCAUUUCAGGUUCAGUGCAGGUACUUCCAGAAAGGGGGUUGCUGGUUUGGUGAUCGCUGCAGGUAUCUCCAUAUUUCUCAAGGAGCUGAAGGGCCUUCAGGGAACAGCAGGCGAGGUUCCGCACCAGCAGUGUAUCACCCUCCAUUGGCCAGCCAUGCUUUUGCAGACCGUCGGGGAUCUGAGCCCUCUCUUCCAGCUCAGGGGGCAUGUAGUCUGAAUCGGAGGGGUUCUGAAUCCCUGGUCACAAGUAUCAGUGUGCUACAGCAGAAUUUUGAGUGCUUAAACACAGGCAUUGCAGAGGAGGAAGAGUUUGGAGUUGAGGAUGUACCUUCUCAGCAUGGUGCAUUAAGGCAUAUGCAACAAAACAACCCUACAUACUCCAAUCCUUUACACAAUGGUAGUUCAGUAAGUUCUCUGCCUGGUGCAGCACCUGCUAAAGUCCUUAAAGUAACCAUGCCUGAAGAUGAAACACAGGUGACCAGUCUGACAAAGAGACCAGAUCAGGGUGGUGCUGCAGUGUCAACUACGCAGCAAAACUUGGGGACCUUUGACCAAAGCAAAGAUGUGGCCUGCGGCAUCUGCAUGGACAAGAUUUCUGAGAAAUUCACUGCUCAGGAGCAGCGUUACGGCAUCCUACCCAACUGUAAUCAUGCUUUCUGUAUUAGCUGCAUUGUCACCUGGCGAAAGACAAAAGACUUCCAAGAGGAUGUCAUCAAGGGCUGUCCGCAGUGCAGAGUAAAGUCCUCCUUUUAUAUUCCCAGCAAGCACUGGGUCUGUGAUGGGGAGGAAAAGGCAUCACUGAUAGCCUCUUUUAAAGAGAAGAGCAGUAAAUUAAAGUGCACUUUCUUCAUGCGUCAUGGAUGCUGCCCCUUUAAGUCAGAGUGCAUCUACAGUCAUGAUGGGCUCCCUUUUACACACUGUCGCAGGCGAUGUGUACCCAGGGUAACACUUGCUUGUUUGUCCACACCCUUUUUAAAAUUGCAUGUUGUCUAUCAUGUUUGUGAGCUGUACGUAUUAAUAUAUUGCCUUUCAAAAAAUUCAGUUUUCAUGAUUCACCAGUGUUAGGAAUAGUCUGAUUACCAAGUAGUUACUGCAAUCUAGUUACUUUUAGUCCAAAAGUAGUGAAACAAAUUUGACUUGAUGUUAAAUCAGUUUACAGUUGAAAUGUUUCAAUUACGUCAGAUAUUUUUUACAGUUGAAGUCAGAAGUUUACAUACACUUUAGCCAAAUACAUUUAAACUCAGUUUUUCACCAUCCCUGACAUUUGAUCAUAGAAAAUAUUCCCUGUCUUAGGUCAGUUAGGAUCACUAUUUUAAGAAUGUGAAAUGUAAGAAUAAUAGUAGAGAAUGAUUUAUUGCAGCUUUUAUUUCUUCACAUACCCAGUGGGUCAGAAGUUUACAUACAGUUUGUUAGUAUUUGGUAGCAUUGCCUUUAAAUUGUUGAAAUUGGGUCAGACUUUUUGGGUAGCUUUCCACAAGCUUCUCGCAAUAAAUUGCUGGAAUUUUGGCCCAUUCCUCCAGACAGAACUGGUGUAACUCAGUCAGGUUUGUAGGCCUCCUUCCUCGAACACGCUUUUUCAGUUCUGCCCACAAAUUUUCUAUUGGAUUGAGGUCAGGGCUUUGUGAUGGUCACUCCAAUACCUUGAAUUUGUUGUCCUUGAGCCAUUUUGCCACAGCUUUGGAGGUAUGCUUGGGGUCGUCCAUUUGGAAGACCCAUUUGUGAACAAGCUUUAAAUUCCUGGCUGAUGUCUUGAUGUUGCUUCAAUAUAUCCACAUAAUUUUCCUUGAUGAUGCCAUCUAUUUUGUGAAGGGCACCAGUCCCUCCUGCAGCAAAGCACCCCCACAACAUGAAGCUGUCACCUCCAUGCUUCACGGUUUGGAUGGUGUUCAGCUUGCAAGCCUCACCCUUUUUCCUCCAAACAUAACGAUGGUCAUUAUGGCCAAACAUUUAAAUUUGUUUCAUCAGACCAGAGGACAUUUCUCCAAAAAAGAUCUUUGACCCCAUGUGCACUUGCAAAUUAUAGUCUGGCUUUUUUUUUUAUGGCAGUUUUGGGGCAGUGGCUUCUUCCUUGCUGAGCAGCCUUUCCGAUUAUGUCGAUAUAUGACUCGUUUUACUGUGGAUAUAGAUACUUGUCUACCUGUUUCCUCCAGCAUCUUCACAAGGUCCUUUGCUGUUGUUCUGGGAUUGAUUUGCACUUCGCACCAAACUACGUUCAUCUCUAGGAGACAGAAUGUGUCUCCUUCCUGAGAGGUAUGAUGGCUGCAUGGUCCCAUGGUGUUUAUACUUGCGUACUAUUGUUUGUACAGAUGAACGUGGUAACUUCAGGCAUUUGGAAAUUGCUCCCAAGCAUGAACCAGACUUGUGAAGGUCCAGAUAUUAUUAUUUUUUAUUUAUUUUUUUAUUACCUGAGGUCUUGGUUGAUUUAUUGUUUUGAUUUUUCCCAUGAUGUCAAGCAAAGAGGCACCGAGUUUGAAGGUAGGCCUUAAAAUACUUCCACGGGUACACCUCCAAUUCAGUACACCACCUAUCCGAAGCUAAUUGUCUAAAGCCUUGACAUAAUUUUCUGGAAUUUUCCUAGCUGCUUAAAGGCACAGUUAACUUGAUUUAUGUAAACUUCUAACCCACUGGAAUCGUGAUAUAAAGGUGAAACAAUCUGUCUGUAAACAUUUGUUGGAAAAAUUACUCGUGUCGUGCACAAAGUAGAUGUCCUAAAUGACUUGCCAAAACUAUAGUUUGCCAAUAUUAAAUCUGUGGAGUGGUUAAAAAAUGAGAUUUAAUUAACCUAACCCCAACCUAAGUGUAUGUAAAGUUCUGACUUCAACUGUAAAUUGAUUAUUUGGGUUACACAACUCUGAAUACAUUUGAACUAUGAAUUGUUCAAACAUACAUCUGUUUGCAUUUGUGACCGCUGAAGAGUUACUAAUGAGUGUUGCUGUGCGUAUUACUUGUAUGCAACAAUGAACAAGGAGGAAAUGCUUCUAGCUUUACAGAAAAUCAUGCAUUAACAAAUGUAACUAUAAAGUCUUUGAGUGAU